AUGGGUACGAGAAAGAGAACAAACCGUAGUAGGAAACAAUCUACUACGACUACUUCUGCUGCUGCUGCUACUCAAGCUAAAGUAUCUCCUGGGUCGUCCAAGGCCAAGUCGAGAGUCAAGACAGACUCUGGAAAUGCAGUACUGUCCUGUGAUCUGCUGUCAAAAGGAGCAAGUUUUUUGUUGAAAUUUUUUCCAUUCAAUGAUAAGUCAUCUUCAGCUGCUACGGCAUGUGCACGGCGUCUGAGUCACAGCAAGGGUAAAAGGAUUUCCUUCUACGACUUGCUUCUUUUGGAGUUGAAUUUGUCACCGAUUUCAGAUGAAGAUUACGAGGAGAAGGACGGUGCGUCGUCAAGUGUGCAAAGAGCUUUAGGCGAUGAUGAAUCGUAUCAAGAAUUGAUCAACAUGUUGAGCAUGCCAUGGUAUUUGGAAAAGUUUAUGCUAUUUGGCUUACUAGUGUGCUUCAACUCGUUUUUAACCCUAUACACCUUGGUUCCUUUGAAGAUUGUUGCCGUGUUGAUACAAAUAACUAUCAAGUAUUUCUUUCACAAUUGCAAGACCCUGUCAAUAAUACGUAGACUCAAGUCCAUUGAAAAAGACGUCAUCUCGCUAACUUUGAUUGCCAUGUCCUUAGCAGUGCUAUGCUCGGGCGUAUUAGAUAUUUCAAAGCUAUAUCACGAUGUGAGGGGCCAAGCAGAAAUAAAAUUAUAUGUCACAUUCGGUGUCCUAGAAGUAGCAGAAAAAUUGUGCUCUUCAAUCGGACAAGAUCUACUCAAUAUCUUGUAUUGCACAUCUCCUGUUGACCAUUUUUGGAGGUUUCUAGCUUUUUACUUGAUAAGCAUUUUUUAUUUAUCAUUUCAUGCAUAUAUCCUAAUCUACCAAUCAGUAGCACUAAAUGUAGCUGCAAAUUCAUACUCAAAUGCCUUGCUAACAUUGCUUUUAUCUAACCAAUUUGCAGAGUUGAAGAGUUCUGUUUUCAAGAAAUUGGAUAGGGAAGGUUUAUUUCAAAUUACAAUGGCUGAUUUAUCUGAGAGAUUUCAAUUGACUUUGAUGUUGGGUAUCAUUGCAAUAAGAAACUUGUUGCAAUUGCAUUCUGUUGACGGACUUGUUCCAAAUAGCUGGCAAUCCUGGAAUAUUUGGUUAGGUGCAAUCUUGGCCCCAGGGAUAAUCGUUAUUGGAAGUGAAGUUUUUGUCGACUGGUUGAAGCAUUGUUUUAUCUCGAAAUUUAACAAGAUUAAACCCAAGGUGUAUCGAAACUUUUUGUAUGUUUCUUGCUUGGAUUUUUUACAAGAGUUUCAGUAUAGCACAAAUAGUGGUGGUAAUAAUGUUGAUAAGGACCACAAGUUCACCGAUUACAUCAUCACAACGAGAAGAAUCGGUUUGCCGUUGUUAGCCUCUGCUGUUUGUUUUCUUAGAAUGACGUUGGGCGACUUUAAACAAUUAUUUAUUAUUCGUGGACCUAAUGGAGUUUAUUGCAUAUUGGCAACAGUGGGUGUUGUGGUAGCUACUAUUUUUACACUACUGUUGAUUAGAAUCUUACUCGUUCUAGGUGUAUUAAAAAUAGCUAAUCAAUCUGUAACCAAGCACAGAAUACAUCAGAAAGAGUUGAAAGCCAAAUUAGAUGCAUCAACUACCAGUGAUAAAAACAAAAUGAAGCAAGGGAAACCUACCCCUUCCGCAAGUGACGCAGCAAGUUCAGCGGCAGUAGCUCAAGGUAUGUUUUCUCCCAUUGAUAUGUCGUUUUUACCAGGAUCUCCCAACACGGAACCGUCUACAAUAAAUCCCAGCACUAGAAUCCACUUGUAUGAUGCUGAUGAGGAUAUCCCACCAACGCCAGAGGAGAAGAGAAAUAAAGCGCUACGUGAUGGUGUCUUGAACGAGACCAGGUGGAAUAUUGAUGAAGGAGACGAAGGCCUAUCAAAAGUGAUGAGGUACAAAAUGUCAAGUAAACGUAUAUGGUGA